GUAUGGAAUUUUGCCGGUGCUCACUCUCUUGUCAUAGUCACUGCCAAUGUACCUUCAUCACCUGGACAAAGGGUGGAUAUCGAAAUACUCGACGGAUCGGAACAGGGAAAUGUGUACUUGAGCAAGAGGGAUAUCAAGGGCGAAACACGACUGGCAGUGACAACACAUGAAUCAGCUGAUGUUGGCGUUUGUCUGACAAAUCAUCUGGAGAGUGGAGAAGGAAAGCUGUCCCGAACGGUCGAUUUAGAUGUUGAUAUUGGCGCUGAUGCGCUGGAUUACAAUGCGAUUGCCAAUCAGGAAAGUCUGUCAAUUCUAGAAGUGGAAAUGAGGAAAUUGGAGGCCGUUGUCAGGGAGGUAGUUGAUGAAUUGGGGUAUUUGCAUCGACGAGAAACCAAAAUGAGAGAUACGAAUGAGAGCACAAACGAUCGGGUGAAAACAUUCUCAAUCCUCAUCAUGAUAGGUAUCAUUGCUAUGGGAGCCUGGCAGAUCAUCCAUCUGAGAUCAUUUUUCAAACGAAAGUACCUCAUCGAUUGA